GUCUUCUCCAUGCGGCUCGGGCUAUGACAGCCUCCGUGCUCCUCCACCCCCGCUGGAUCGAGCCCACCGUCAUGUUUCUCUACGACAACGGCGGCGGCCUGGUGGCCGACGAGCUCAACAAGAACAUGGAAGGGGCGGCGGCGGCGGCAGCGGCGGCGGCAGCGGCAGCGGCGGCGGGAGCUGGGGGCGGGGGCUUCCCCCACCCGGCUGCGGCGGCCGCGGGGGGCAACUUCUCGGUGGCCGCAGCGGCUGCCGCCGCCGCCGCCGCCGCGGCCAACCAGUGCCGCAACCUGAUGGCGCAUCCCGCACCACUGGCGCCGGGCGCCGCGGCCGCGUACAGCAGCGCCCCGGGGGAGGCGCCCCCGACCGCCGCCGCCGCCGCCGCUGCCGCUGCUGCCGCCGCCGCCGCCGCGGCUGCCGCGUCGUCGUCGGGAGGGCCCGGACCGGCGGGGCCCGCGGGUGCCGAGGCCGCCAAGCAGUGUAGUCCCUGCUCGGCGGCGGCACAAAGCUCGUCGGGUCCCGCGGCGCUGCCCUAUGGCUACUUCGGCAGCGGCUACUACCCGUGCGCCCGCAUGGGCCCGCACCCCAACGCCAUCAAGUCCUGCGCGCAGCCUGCCUCGGCUGCGGCCGCCUUCGCCGACAAGUACAUGGACACCGCCGGCCCCGCGGCCGAGGAGUUCAGCUCCCGCGCCAAGGAGUUUGCCUUCUACCACCAGGGCUACGCAGCCGGGCCUUACCACCACCACCAGCCCGUGCCCGGCUAUCUGGAUAUGCCAGUGGUUCCGGGGCUCGGGGGUCCUGGCGAGUCGCGCCACGAGCCUCUGGGGCUUCCUAUGGAAAGCUAUCAGCCCUGGGCUCUGCCCAACGGCUGGAACGGCCAAAUGUACUGCCCCAAAGAGCAGACGCAGCCUCCCCACCUCUGGAAGUCCACUCUGCCCGACGUCGUCUCCCAUCCUUCAGACGCCAGCUCCUAUAGGAGGGGGAGAAAGAAGCGGGUGCCUUACACUAAGGUGCAGUUGAAAGAACUCGAACGGGAAUACGCUACGAACAAAUUCAUUACCAAGGACAAACGGAGGAGGAUAUCAGCCACAACGAACCUCUCUGAGAGGCAGGUCACAAUCUGGUUCCAGAACAGGAGGGUCAAAGAGAAAAAAGUCAUCAAUAAACUCAAGACCACGAGUUAAUGGAUUAAAAUGCGGAGUAGAGGGCAGCUUGAAGAAACGCGUAAGGACUUGUUUCUUUGCCCAGAUCAUAAGAAUGCGUAAUAAUAACUGAAGAAUGGGAUAGAGAGACACUGACGUUUUGCUCUCCUAAGGGGACUCCUCUUCAAUGGAAUCUACAAUUAAAAAAAAAAAACUUAAGAAAUGGUAAAGAUUGCCAGUUCUCCCGACAAACCCACCAGACCGUUAAGU